UAAGCGAAGCUAUUCUUUGACAAAAAUCGCUAACAUCGCCGUCAAUUGCACCAGAAGAAGACUCUCCUUCACUUCGUUUCAAUUCACACAGAGAAAAAAGAAGAGAGAGAUGGGAGGAGCACAAGCUUUGAAGAGAAUCCCUCGCAUCAAAUUCCCUCAAAGACACUCCACCAAAUCCUCUGGUAAUGGGUCGCAGCCGGAAGAAGCAUUGACAUCUGGGAGUGCUUAUCAAGCUUUUUUUUCUAGCUUGAAGGCUUCAACUGCUGUUGGAGGAAAAGCUUCUCUUCAGCCCAAGCGAACUCCGGUUUCGAAUGAGGAGAUUGAGGCGAUCUUGUUGGGUGGAUGUAUCUGAGCUUCUCUCGAAGCUCUGAAAAGGGAGCUGCAACAUUCGUUUUUACUCUUCUUUUAGUUUUCAAAUACAAGAGUUCAUUUCAACCAAUACCAUUGCUUUGUAUGGAGUUCACUGAAACACAAUCACUAAUUGAAUUUUCAAUGUAAUUGAGGUUUUCUUGGCUCACACAUGGUUUGUUGAUUAUUGAUACUUUGAUGGUGUGAGAUUUUUACAAAUAAUUGAGGUUUUCCUGGUUUGUUGAUUA